CUGUCCACGUUCACGUCGACAAUGUCUACCUCCUCCGCCGCAUCCAACGGCUGCGCCACUGCCGGCAGACCAUCCUCCGGCUGCCCCUCCUCCGUCUUUAGCGAAGUCCAAACCAGCCGUCUGCGGCACUCCCUGCCUCUCCCUUCUGUCCUCCGAAAACCCUUCAACGUCUCUGAUGGCCCUCCCAGCUCCGCCGCCGGAAACCCAGAUGAGAUUGCGAAGUUAUUUCCGAAUCUGUUUGGGCAGCCAUCAGCAACUCUGGUGCCAGGAGAGGGCCUGAAGAAGGAUCAGGGUUUGAGGAUUGGAGUUGUACUGUCAGGAGGACAGGCACCGGGAGGGCACAAUGUGAUUUCAGGGAUCUUUGAUUAUCUACAAGAGUGCACAACGGGAAGCACCAUGUAUGGAUUCAGGGGGGGCCCUGCUGGGAUCAUGAAUUGCAAAUAUGUUGAGUUGACAUCGGAGUUUAUCCUUCCUUUCCGAAACCAGGGUGGCUUUCAUAUGAUAUGUAGUGGCAGGGACAAGAUUGAAACUCCAGAACAGUUUAAGCAAGCUGAUGAAACAGCAUCAAAACUUGAGUUGGAUGGGCUUGUUGUUAUUGGUGGAGAUGACUCAAAUACAAAUGCUUGCCUACUUGCUGAAAAUUUUAGGGGUAAAAAGUUGAAAACACGGGUCAUUGGAUGUCCAAAGACCAUUGAUGGCGAUUUGAAAUGCAAAGAGGUUCCCACAAGUUUUGGCUUUGACACUGCAUGCAAGAUAUAUGCAGAAAUGAUUGGAAAUGUCAUGAUAGAUGCUCGUUCAACUGGAAAAUACUACCAUUUUGUAAGGCUUAUGGGUCGUGCAGCUUCCCACAUAACAUUGGAGUGUGCUUUGCAGACUCAUCCAAACAUUACAAUUAUAGGAGAAGAGGUUGCUCUCAAGAAGCUGACACUGAAGAAUGUUACUGAUUACAUCACAGAUAUAAUCUGCAAAAGAGCAGAACGUGGUUUUAAUUAUGGCAUUAUACUUAUACCCGAAGGCCUGAUAGAUUUCAUUCCUGAGGUUCAACAGCUUAUUGGAGAACUUAAUGAAAUCUUAGCUCAUGAUGUUGUUGAUGAGGGUGGGCAGUGGAAAAAGAAACUCAGAAACCAGUCGCAGCAGCUUUUUGACUUUUUACCACAAGCAAUACAGGAGCAACUACUGCUGGAGAGAGAUCCACAUGGGAAUGUGCAGGUUGCCAAGAUAGAAACAGAAAAGAUGCUUAUUCAAAUGGUGGACACUGAAUUGGAGAAAAGGAGGCAGGAACAUUCGUAUAAUGGGAAGUUUAAUGGACAGUCUCAUUUUUUUGGGUAUGAGGGCAGAUGUGGUUUGCCAACAAAUUUUGAUGCUAACUACUGCUAUGCAUUGGGUUAUGGUGCUGGAGCUCUCCUUCAUUCUGGAAAGACUGGAUUGAUUUCUUCAGUGGGAAAUUUGGGUGCUCCAGUUGAAGAAUGGACAGUGGGCGGAACGGCAUUGACUUCUUUGAUGGAUGUGGAGAGGAGACAUGGAAAGUUCAAGCCCGUGAUAAAGAAGGCAAUGGUGGAACUCGAAGGUGCACCAUUCAAAAAAUUUGCAUCCCUUCGCGAUGAGUGGGCUCUGAAGAACCGAUAUGUCAGUCCAGGCCCUGUGCAGUUUGUGGGUCCAACAGCCAAUGAAAUUAAUCACACCCUAAUGCUGGAGCUGGGAGCCCAAGCUUAGGAGCGUCAAUGAGCUUCUCCUCCUGUUAUCAGUUUUAUAUUUUUCCCAAUAAGAAGAGAAUCAAUCAAGAUGUACAUUUUCCACUUGCUUUUGGCAUAGAGUGACCGGUUUUUCAUUCAGGUCAUAAGGAAAAAAUAAGGACCAGUGUUUGUAAUUUUGUGACUUUCUCAAACCAUUUUGCUAAUUUCAUCCAAACAUUGCUCAAAAAUAGUAUUCCAAGUAUUUAA